AUGGUUGUCAGCUCACUUACCAAUAUGGACACCUUUCCCAACAAUUUUCCUCCUGCUGGAGACAGUGGACUGACUAGUUCUCAAUCUGAGUUCCAAAAAAUGUUAAUUGAUGAAAGAUUACGAUGUGAACAUCAUAAAACAAAUUAUCAGACUUUGAAAGCUGAACAUACAAGGUUGCAGGAUGAGUACACAAAGUCACAAAAUGAACUCAAGAGACUGUUAAAUGAAAAGCAAACUCACCAGGAAAAAUUUCAGCUGCUGCUUGAAGAGUUAAGAGAGGAAUUAGUAGAGAAAACUAAAGAUUUAGAGGAAAUGAAGCUGCAGGUAUUAACUCCACAAAAACUGGAAUUGUUAAGAGCCCAAAUACAACAAGAAUUAGAAACUCCAAUGAGAGAGCGUUUUCGGAAUCUGGAUGAAGAAGUGGAAAAGUACAGAGCUGAAUAUAAUAAGCUUCGUUAUGAACAUACAUUUCUUAAAUCAGAAUUUGAACAUCAGAAAGAAGAAUUUGGACGCAUUUUAGAAGAAGAAAAAAUCAAAUGUGAAUCAGAGAUUGCAAGACUGGAGAAAGAUAAAGAAGAACUACACAACCAGCUGCUUAGUGUGGAUCCCACAAGAGACAGCAAGCGAGUGGAGCAACUUGUUCGAGAAAAAGUCCAUUUAUGUCAGAAAUUAAAAGGUUUAGAGGCUGAAGUAGCAGAAUUAAGGGCUGAAAAAGAGAAUUCUGGUGCUCAGGUAGAGAGUGUCCAAAGAAUACAGGUGCGGCAGUUAGCUGAAAUGCAGACUACAGUUAGAACCCUAGAGGCUGAAAAACAGUCAGCUAAACUACAGUGUGAACGUUUGGAAAAAGAGCUACAAUCAAGCAAUGAACAAAAUACUUUUUUAAUCAGUAAAUUGCAUAAAGCUGAACGAGAAGUGAAUAUAUUGACCAGUAAAGUGAAAGAACUUAAACAUUCAAACAAACUGGAAAUAACAGACAUCAAGUUGGAGGCAGCAAGAGCUAAGAGUGAGCUAGAAAGAGAAAGGAAUAAAAUUCAUAGUGAACUGGAUGGAUUGCAAUCAGACAAUGAAAUUCUCAGGUCAGCUGUUGAACACCACAAAGUGCUCUUAGUCGAAAAGGAUCGUGAAUUAAUCCGUAAAGUACAAGCUGCCAAGGAAGAAGGUUAUCAAAAACUUGUGGCAUUACAAGAUGAAAAACUAGAGCUUGAGAACAGAUUAGCAGAACUGGAGAAAAUGAAAGUGGAGCAUGAUGUCUGGAGGCAGUCUGAAAAGGAUCAGUGUGAAGAGAAAUUGCGGGCUUCACAGAUGGCAGAAGAGUUGGCCAGAAGGGAACUUCAGAGUAUUAGGUUGAAACUUCAACAACAAUUUGUGAAUAUUGAAAAUGCAGAGAAAGAAAAAAAUGAAAAUUCUGACCUAAAACAGAUUAUCAGGCACAUCAUCGGGUUCCACAUUGAGCGGACAUUGGAAGAGAAACAGACACAGUGGUUAGAAGAAAAACAUAAACUUCAUGAGCAUAUCACAGACAGAGAAGAAAAGUAUAAUCAAGCGAAGGAGAAAUUGCAGCGAGCUGCCAUAGCCCAAAAAAAGAGAAAAUCUCUUCAUGAAAACAAAUUGAAGAGACUUCAGGAAAAAGUAGAAGUUUUGGAUGCAAAGAGAGAAGAAUUGGAAACAGAAAAUCAGGUGUUGAAUAGACAAAAUGUUCCAAUCGAAGAAUAUACAAGGAUUCAAAAAAGACUAAAGGAUAUACAGAGAAGGCAUAAUGAAUUUCGCAGUUUAAUUUUGGUUCCUAACAUGCCUCCGACAGCAUCUAUCCAUCCUGUUAGCCUUCAGUCAUCAAACAUGAUUCCAGGCAUGGAACUCUCCUUUCCUCCUCAUCUUCAGGAGGAACAACAUCAAAGGGAACUCUCUUUACUGCGUAAAAGACUAGAAGAACUGGAAACAACACAAAGAAAACAGCUAGAGGAACUUGGAUCUCCUGGGGACUGA